UUUUUUCAGAUAAUUGUAAUUGUUUGCAUUUAAUAUAUGCAGGCUAUGUCAGCUCAGCAAGCUUCAGAAGCGCUCGGUGGAGCUCCAAAUGCAGAAAGAACAAGCAAUCUCAAAGAUUUCAAAGUUUUAGUGAGCAAGUGCAGAAUCAAAAGUGAGCUGGAUGCAGAUACGGCCAUCGAGAUAUCCAGAGCACUGACCGAGGCGUACGUGAACUAUAAGCUCGCUAACUUGCCCGAAAAAGCAGAUAACGGUAUUCGAGACUCGUACAAUCAUGCCUUGAAGUCCUUAAAAAGUAUGAAGCCAGCGCAUCUCAAAACGCAGAUUCCAGCGCCACCGCCUCCUGUUGUCCACAAAACUUCGUCAAUUUCCAAAUCAUCUAAAAGAAAAGGAAAUGCAAAAUCGUCAAGUGAAUCGCCAGCUGUAAAGAAAACAUCUAAAGAGCUGGCUAAUGUUGAUACGCCGACCCCAGUUCAAUCGUCAAAUACUGGAGGAUUUUCGAUACCUUUUACGCCAACAUUCGGAGUGCCCCCUGUGGCUAUUCCCGGAACUCCUAUUCCUCCUGGGCCUCCCAUGAUGCCGCAGCCUCCACCGGGUAUGUUUCCGACAUCUAUGCCUCAAAUGCCAGUUCCUCCAGUGAUGCCGCCUCAGAUGCCAUUUCAGCCAGGCGUUCCACCUCCUUUCAUGCCAGGAAUACCGGUGUCCUCUUCGGCCUUUCCAGUUAGUCAAAACGGAGUGUAGCUGAAAUUACUUUUCAGAUGAUCCAAACUGCCAUAUUUAAAAUAGUGUUUGUUGUUUUCGAUAUGCUUUGAAUGUGUAUUUAAUAUUUCUUUAAU